CCGAGGGUUACAUGAGGGAAAUCACUUAACACACAAAGAGGGUACACAGUGUACUACCUCGCCAUUUGAAAGCAUGAGGAAGAGAUCAUAAGGGAGGAUUAGUUGGUGAACCCUAAUUUCAGCAAAUUCAGCUUCAUUAAGAGUUGCGUUAGCUACAAAUGCUAAGGUUAAAGCCACACGGGUGCAUAAAGAAGCUAGAAUGGCUCCAUCAUAUGUGUAUACAGGAGCCGUGUUGUCACAUGCAGGUAACCCUGGCUUAAGAGUUGCGCAUGCCUGCUACCUCCCUCUCAAUGACUGCCUGUCAGUCAGGAGCUUCUUAGUUCUCUGAAUUAGUGCUUAGACCACAGAGGGAGACUUACAAACAGCAGACAUGAGCUUCACCAUCGAGGAGAGAGGCAGGGCAAACACUCAGGACUACAGGGUGUUUUUCAAAGACUCCGCUGGUAAAUACAUCUCUCCAUUUCAUGACAUACCUGUCUACGCUGAUGAAGCAGAGAACAUUUUCCAUGCUGUUGUUGAGGUUCCAAGAUGGACAAAUGCAAAAAUGGAGAUUGCCACCAAAGAUCCUCUCAAUCCACUGAAACAAGAUUUGAAGAAGGGAAAUCUUCGUUAUGUAGCAAAUGUUUUUCCCCACAAAGGCUACAUCUGGAAUUAUGGAGCUAUUCCACAGACAUGGGAAGAUCCCAACCACAAGGACAGCGACACAGGCUGCUGUGGAGACAAUGAUCCUAUCGAUAUAUGUGACAUAGGAAACAAGGUGUGCUCUCGAGGGGAAGUCAUCAAAGUGAAGGUGUUGGGGACUCUGGCUUUGAUUGAUGAGGGAGAAACAGACUGGAAAGUCAUUGUGAUCAAUACUGAGGACCCUGAGGCUGGAGACUUUAAUGAUAUAGACGAUGUGAGACGACUCAAGCCUGGGUACCUGGAGGCAACUUUUGAUUGGUUCAAAAGAUACAAAGUCCCAGAUGGAAAACCUGAAAACCAGUUUGCUUUCAACGGAGAGUUCAAGGACAGGGAUUUUGCCAUUAAAACAGUCAAGGAAACCCAUGAGUUCUGGAAGGCUCUAAUAACGAAGAAGACUGACGCCGGCGAGUUAAAUUGCAUGAACACAAGUGUUUCAGACAGCCCGUUCUGCUGCUCUGCAGGAGACGCAGAGUCUGUAGUUAAGUCUGCAUGUGAUUUUGGAGCUGAAGAUCCCAUUCCAAGUUCAGUUGACAAAUGGUUCUACUAUGAGUAGUGAGAAGACCAUCCUUCCUUCAUCUGAUUGGUCAGCACAUCAGAUCACUGCAUGAACUAAAUGGACUGAGUUUAUGCUUAAUGUCACAAUCAAUGGGUUUUUGGUAACUUUGUGUGGAUGUCUGUUUCUGUUGUCAAAAAUUGCAUAUUGUUUAUUUGUAAUACGUCAAUGUUACAUUUAUUUUAGGAUAAGUAUACUGUGACUUCAGGCUUGAGGACAU